UGUGUGUGUGUGUGUGUGUGUGUGUGUGUGUGUGUGUGUUUGUGUGUGUGACAAGAAGACUGACAACCAUUGAUGGACAAUUUCUUGUGUUCUAGAGAAGAGCCCGUGUUUACGUUCGAUUUGAAUUGUUCCGUACGAGACGUGGCAUGGGCUCCAUACUCCAGUACCGUGUUUGCUGCCGUGACGACAGACGGCAGGGUGCAUGUGUUUGACCUGAGCAUUAACAAGUAUGAGGCUUUGUGUGAACAAAAAGUAACUCGUAAGAAGAAGUCUAUUCUUACCCACAUUUCUUUUAAUCAACGUCACCCAAUCAUUGUUGUUGGAGAUGACAGUGGUACUGUAUCCAGCUUGAAGCUUUCUCCUAACAUCCGUAAAGUAUUGCAGGACAAGAACGCGACCGUUGAGACAGAGAUAGCAAAAAUGGACAAGCUGUUGUGUCUCGUGCGAGAACCAAAGGCAGAACCGUAACAAUUUCAUGCUAUUUCCUCUUACUGUAUCUUCAUAAUUGAUGGUACCACCGGUCAGCAUGUCAUAUGUGAU